GGAAAGCGGAGGGAGGGGUCAGACGAGGGUCGAGGUGUUGUCCGUGAGAGGAUCGUUCCGGGCACCAGUACCCACCAUGGCGUCAGGCUGCAAAAUCGGCCCGUCCAUUCUCAACAGCGACUUGGCCUGCCUGGGGGCCGAGUGCGCCCGGAUGCUGGAUUCCGGGGCCGACUAUCUGCACCUGGAUGUAAUGGACGGGCAUUUUGUUCCCAAUAUCACCUUUGGUCACCCCGUGGUAGAAAGCCUUCGAAAGCAGCUGGGCCAAGACCCUUUCUUUGACAUGCACAUGAUGGUUUCUAGACCAGAACAGUGGGUAAAGCCUAUGGCUGUAGCAGGAGCAAAUCAAUACACCUUUCAUCUGGAAGCUACUGAGAACCCUGGAGCACUGAUUAAAGACAUUCGAGAGAAUGGGAUGAAAGUUGGUCUUGCUAUUAAACCUGGCACUACAGUUGAGUAUUUGGCACCAUGGGCCAAUCAGAUAGAUAUGGCCUUAGUCAUGACAGUGGAACCAGGAUUUGGAGGACAGAAGUUCAUGGAAGACAUGAUGCCAAAGGUUCAUUGGUUGAGGACCCAGUUCCCUUCUCUGGAUAUCGAGGUAGAUGGUGGAGUAGGUCCUGACACAAUUCACAAAUGUGCAGAGGCAGGGGCUAAUAUGAUUGUGUCUGGUAGUGCCAUCAUGAGAAGUGAGGACCCCAGGUCUGUCAUCAAUCUCCUGAGAAACGUUUGUUCAGAAGCUGCUCAGAAGCGCUCUCUGGACAGAUGAGAUUCCAGGCAGCUUGACUCUGGCCCAGCCCACCUCCUCCUAGACCAGCUUAUUCUGCCUCACUGUCCCCUGGUGCACAAGAUUCGUGCUGCUGCCACCUCAGUCUGUCCUGAGCAGUUCGCCUUCAUUUCAUUGACUUCAGAUAUGCUGAGAAUGGAAAUAAGUGCAUAUAUGACAACUACUAGGUUUUUAAGAGUUGGGAAUUAAAUUUUCACGUGAAAAAAAAAUACACUUUUUACCAGAAGACUUGAUUUUUAUAAAAGAAAUAUAUUAUGAUGCCUUGUCCUGAGGUUAAAAAGCCAAAUUGCAUCUCAAAGACAGAAGAAAAAAAGAACACAGCAGCUGCUAACUAAAAAAGGACUAAAAUGGGUAAUACUGCUACUCAUAGAGAACUCUCAGAUGUUUGUGCAUCAUUAUGAAAAGGUUUGCAUUAUUGCUCAUUAGUUUUCUUUAGGAAAAACAGUUGUCCUUUUUUGUCAUCUGUGGAUGUGUAUGCUCUUUGUUUAUGUGACUGGACUUGAUUUGAGAACAAUCCAAGCUCUGUGCUUUGAGUAGAAUCAGAUGAUU